AACACUGAAUAGAAACACAGAGCUUUGAUAUUAAAACACCGAGUGUCCUGUCAAGAGCACUGAAAACAGUCAAACCGUGUGAUCUGAUUGUCAAAUGUUGGGUAGCACUUUCACGUGAUCAAAUCUAAAUUAUAUCUGCUUUAAAAAAAAUACGGACAAUUUUCUAAAUAUGAGUGCCAGUGCAUUGCUUUUUGCAGCAUUGUUUUUAGGUUUUAAUAUAGUACAAUGUGCAGAAUUUGUCCCGUGUUUCAUGUGGUCAAACAAAAGGACCAACGAACAUGUUCCAGCCCUAAAUAGAGUUAAUCAAGAUAUAUUUAAAAAUGAAAUUAAACACUAUUUGGAUGAGGGAUAUUUGUUAGUAAUAUUUGCAGAACAAACUUUGAGUCCAGAAGAUUUUGCUCAACAUGAUCAAUCAGCUGUAACAUUCCCCAAUUUGGUUGAAUUAAAAAAGUCAACAAGAGUUUCUUACUUACCUAAUGUACAGAAUCCAAUUACAGCUUUAAAGCAUCUAGAUGUCUCAAUUACUGAAGUUCCUGUUGACAAAUUUGGAAAAAGCUUUGAAAUUCCAGAGACUGAUAUACUUGUUGUUAAUCUAAAUGAUGCUAAGGAUUCUGAAGACAGGAUAGUCAUGUUGAAGAGACAUGAUGCUGCUAUUGCUGCAAUUUUCGAGGAUUUAUCUAGAAAACAUAAUAAUAUUCUAGCAGUUUACACAGCCUAUCACACAUCAUGGGUUGCAUCUGAAGAAGUUGUAAAAUCAAGACUGACAAGAUCUCUUUUAGAAGAUACCUCUGCAGAUACUGGAAGCACAACUAAUUCAGAAGUGCCGAUUCCUCCCUACGGAAAUUCUACGCAUUUUUACAAGACAUCUAACAUAUAUUUGUAUGUUUCUGAAGCAAACUAUACCUAUGAUGACACUGUCAACACCAUAAAAUUUGAUUACUUUAUAAAUACAAGUAACUCAACUUAUUAUACUUUAACAGCAAGUGGAAGUUCAAAACACAAUAUUGUGCUUAAAAUGUCAUUUACUAAUAAUGGUAGCUCUGGAUACUGGGAGCAAGUAGAUGAAAUAACUGCUGUUAUAUCAAAUUCCACUCUCCAGGAGAAUACUUUAACCCUAAUCCCAACAGCCCCAAUUUAUGCACCAGAAAAGUUUUCUUUCCACUGUGGAGAUCAAUUUUUUUCCAAUGAUAGUUUGAAGAUACUGUUAAAGGAUUUCCAGAUUCAGUUGUUAUUCAACAAUGAAAAUUCAACAAAUAAAUUCGGUGAUGCGUAUGACUGCGUUGGUUUCACAACUGUUCCAAUUUGGUCUGGAUUAUUUGUAACUGCUAUUUUAUUGAUCAUUAUGACAAUUGGUAUUACGAUGAUGAUGGAUAUUAGAACUAUGGAUAGAUUCGACGAUGCUAAAGGAAAAACUAUUACUAUUAAUGCGGAAUAAUUCGUGUCGCUAGAUAAUAUGCUUUUUUGCUAAGCUCGAAUGUUCAAUUCUGCUGUAUUUUUUAAUAAUCCAUAGAAUAUUAAGACUGUAACAUUUUAUCUUAAUUUGAAGUUAAAGUUAUAUAACUGUUAUAAAAUAAUUGACACAUAUAAAUGUUUCUUCUGUUGAUAAAUUCUAUGGAUUCUACAGAAAUACAAAAUAUGUUGUCAUAGAUUCAGAAUAAGACAUUUUCUUGUUUAGCAAUACGAGCAGUAUUAUUAGUUAGCCUUUCCCAAGAAAACUAGUUAUUUCACCUGAUAAGAUCAAUAAUGAUGGAAGGCUUGUGAUAACUAAGCUUCUAUUUUUUUAUAGUCAUUUAUAUCGAUCUUUUCAGGUUUUGUACUUUAGGCUCUACUGCCUUUUCUACUUCCCCUGGACCUAAUAAAAACUUACCAUAGAUUAUACCAUCAAGUGUCACUAUUUCUAUAGAUGAAUCUGUUUGAUUGUCAUUUCCUCCUUCCUCGUUUAUGAGAUGUUUCACAAAAAUACAUUACAAAUAGUAGAUUAAAGCGGAACUUUUUCAUUAGUGCUGUAAAAAACAAAUUUAUUGUUUCUAUAAACCUGAUAUUGGCACAAAAUUUAUAAGAAAAUUAUAUUGGGUUGAAGUAACUCGGAUCAACUCACCCUAUUGCCAUAUUAGUAAUACAAAAAGAAUAAUAUUAGUCUGUAUAAUAUAAUUAUAAACAUUUUUAUUAAAAAAAAAUAUUUUCAUUUAACUUGUCCAUGAGAUCUAGAAAAUCAUUUUCCCUAAAUACACACAUUAUAUAAAUAUAUAUGACAAUAGUGUUUUUAUCAUCUUUUUGGAUUUAUAUAAAACCUAGUAACUUGUUGUUCAAGUAGUAGUACAAUAAUUGUUGAAGAAAGUGUAGCCUUGAUAUUUGGUUCAUUUUAUGUGUUAGAUUUAUACUAUUGAAAAAUACGCUAAUUUUGUAGGGAUGUAUAUUGUUUGUAUUUUGUAAAUAUUACAUAACACUGUUAUGGUAUGGUACUGUCUCAAAAGUGUUCCUAAUUUUAAUGUUUCAUUUCUAACCAAAAUUUUUUCAAGGUGAAGGGCAUAUAUUAUAUAUAAUUUAUAGACCAGUCUUUAUUUGUAUAUACUUACUACAUCAUUUAGUAGAUAAAUGCAGUACCAUUUAUUCUGUUGCCAAACAGUGUAGACUAUAAAUUAUCUUAAUAAAUUAUGAAAAAUA